AAACAAGUUCAGAUUCAUACUGUAUUGUGGCUCUGCUUAUCAGAAUGUAAAGGGGGAAACCUAACAGCUGUUGAUAAAGCAAAGGGUAAAGCAUUGUUUAUCUGUAAGGUGUAAAAAGUAACAAUUUCCUUCUGCCAAAGAAGACUUAAAGCACAGUAGGGUUAUGAGACUGUAAGCCACAGUAAAACAUUUCAAUUGUGAAAACGGCAGUACGUCCGUGAAUGAGAGGUUUUUACUUUUAGAACUAUCUUCUGUUAUACUAUAUAAUCAAAAGUCCUGGUUUGACUAGAACCUCUCUCAUAAAAAAAAGGAAGAAGAAAUAGGGCCUUUUUAAAAGGUGGAUUUAUGUAUUUUCACUUUGAGUGUGGGGAGAGGCAAAAAAUGUGUCAGUUAUGUGGCAUGUGUCACUUCCUGAAAUGCCAUGACGAAAGUCUAUUCUGUAGCGUCAUUUAUAUGCGUGAUGCACAACAGGCAGUCAAAUUACAUAUGGACAUGGACAGAAGAUUUUAACUGUAUUUCACAUUCGCUAAUCGUUAUAUACAGUAGGGCACUUGAGCAAAUUCUGGAGACAUCAGAGCCAAGAGUUGAAUUAACAAAGUGUGUUUCAACACUGGCAAAUUAAGCACUUAUCAGUUGUUUUGGACCCAUCUGAGCGUAAAUAACAUCGCACAGAAUAACAAAGGAAGAUUGGGUUAAAAGUCAACCAUGAAGUGGAAGGACAAUCCUGAACUAAGCAAUUUGGUCCUGGCGGUGGAUGGUAUCACACUGAUCACCGGCCUUCCUGCCAACCUGGUGGCUCUCUACACCUUUGUUCAAAAAGUGAGGCAUCGACCUACGCCCAUUGACGUGCUCUUGCUCAGCCUCACAAUAUCAGACCUGAUCUUCCUUUUCUUUCUUAUGUUCCGUAUGAAAGAAGCUGCCGACAUGGACUGGACCCUUCCGCAGUUUCUCUGUCCUCUUUCGGGAUUCUUCUUUUACACAACCAUUUAUAACAGCACGUUUCUCUUGACGGCUAUCAGUGUGGAGCGCUAUCUAGGAGUGGCCUUUCCAAUCAAGUACAAACUCAAACGACAUCCACGAAACGCUGUGAUUGCCAGUGCCAUAUUCUGGAUGGUUUCCAUGGCUCAUUGCAGUAUUGUCUAUAUUAUUCAGUACUACAAACCCAGUGAGGUAAAUAAUACCUGCUAUGACGAGUUUAGCGUCGAACAGUUGAAAAUUCUUUUGCCUGUCCGUUUGGAAUUGUUUGCUGUGCUGUUCUGUAUACCUUUCAUCAUCUGCUGCUUCUGCUACGUGAAAUUCAUCCACAUUCUCUCCCGCUUACCCAACAUUAAAGCUAAGAAGCGUUUCAGGGCCAUCGGGCUUGCCCUAGCCACCCUCCUGGUCUUUAUCAUCUGCUUCAUGCCUUACAAUGUGUCCCAUGUUGUGGGUUUUAUUCAAAAUGCCAGUCCUGACUGGAGAGCGUAUGCCCUGCUCCCCAGCACCCUGAAUGCCUGUUUGGACCCUCUGAUUUUUUAUUUCACCUCUUCAGCACUUCGGGCAACUGUAAAAAAGCUGAUAUAUGGAUCCAACAAGCGGAUGCAUCCUUCCUGCUGCCGGAAAUUGCUCAACUGUCCCAAGUUGAGCUGUAUUGCACGUGAAGAAAGCACACAGAGUUCUAAUGACUCUACUCUCUAGAGCUUACAAAUUUAAUUACAGAUAUAUGGGGAUAACUAGAUAAUUACACACACACACACACAUACACACACAUAUUUUAAAGGGUCAAGUUAACCAAUAAUUUAACUAAAGUAGCUUACUGAUGCUGAUAAACAACAGCUAAGGGUGUACUGUAAGUCAGCCAAAUACAGGAUUUUAAUUGUUAUAUAUAUCUUCAGCUUCAAUGACUCUUCGAUGUCUACACUGAUAACCAGAAGAUAUUCCUAAGCUGAUGAUGCACCAAAGGCAGCACAAUGGCUUAGUGGUUAGGACUGUGGCCUCGCACCUCUAUGGUUGAGAGUUUGGGUCUGUAUGUGUGGAGUUUGCAUGUUUUCCCCAUGCUUGAUAGGUUUUCUCCCACAGUCCAAAGACAUACAGAUUAGGUUAACAGGUUGUCACCCUGUCCAUGGUUUUUCCCAUGACCCUGUAUAGAAUAAGUGCUAUAGAAGACGGGUGAUUAGGCCCCAAAAGUUGAACAAACAUAUUUAGCUGUAGCUUCAGUAGUUUCUGAAAAUAUUAAUCUAUGCUUUUUUGGCCACUUGUUGUUUGUCCAACUUUUCUCUGCAGAUCAACCCAAAUCACUUGGUCCUUACUUUAAUCAUAAUAGGCCCAUAGUGUUUAUACCAAAACAACGACCGUCAAAUCUGUAAUUUGUUUGUAUAGGGAUAGCACUGUGUCUACCCAAUAAACGUAAAUAUUGUCUUCUAUUUACUGUAGAUCAGAAUAGCAUUAUUGGGCAAACACCAUGGAAUGUAAUAAACAAUGAAUGUAAAAACACUGAAUGUAGGAAAACUGUUAUAAAAAACUGUUUUCUUCUUCUUUAAAUUAUAAGCUACAGUAUUUAUAGACGUUUAUUUAAAUAUAGAAAGACUGGAAUUUUUGCAACAUUUAUUUAUAGUUUUUUUUCUUUUUUGUUACUUUUCUGUUUUUUUUUUAAAAGCAAUUAAGCUACAUUUCAUCAAUUAGUAGCUUGCCUUCCUUGCAUUAUUAUGAUACUAAAAUUCUGCUGCACUAUUUGUAAAUUAUUAUUUUUUUUUUAUUCACCUUGUAUAUCUAUUUUUUUCUUUUCCCCCUUGUUCUUUUUCUAAGUUAUUCCACAAAUUAUUGGUACAGGUUUAAUUUCAAAUGCCUUUCCUGCUGCAACCUACUCAUUUCUCUAGGCUUCGGACUGGCAUGGAGGAUGCUCUGUAUCUUAGUGGCUGAGUACUGUUUAUGGGCAGUUUAUGGGCACAGGGUCAAACAAUAGUGGCAACCUGGCAAUAAUGAUGUUCAAACCUAAACCCUCAAAUCAGCAGGGAAAAAAUGGCAUGAAAAAAUGUAAGAAACUGAAGAUUUUAUGUUACAUAAAUUAGCAUUAUUUAAUACCAUAUUCAGUGAUUCUUCUUCAUAAUAAUAAUAAUUAUUAUUAUUAAUAAUAAUCUAUUGUAUUAUUCCAAUCUAGUGAUGGAAAAAUAUUAUGCCUAUUGUAUAUUAUGUACAUUCCUCUGAGUUUUAAAUGUUGCAUUAGGUUAAAAAAAUGAAUAUGGUAUCCAAUGUAUAUUUGAUAAAAACAUUUUAAUCAAAGCGACCUGUAGGUAAUAGGUUUAAUUGCCUUUAAAGGUAUGUGUGUGUGUGUUUUUUAAUGAUUACUAUAAUUGUUGUUAAAAAAUUGUUGAAUUUAGCAUUUUGGAUAAAUAAUGGCAUUUCUAAAACAAUGGCAAAGUCUAUAAUUAGAAGGUUUGGAGUUUAAGUCCCAGCAUUGCCAAAGAGUGCCAGAGGCAGUUGAACCAGAACCUUCAAAGAGAAUGUGCUUAGGUACAGAGUUGUGCCAUUGCAAAUAAGGAAUGUAUUUAAAUGUAUUCUGUUUGAACAACUGCUGUAAAUUAAUAAAGUUUUUU